AUGUCAUCAACCGAGAUCAAGGCGGGCAAAAACUGCAAGAUCUGUCAAAAGCAAGUCGAUACGCACAGCAUCGGCUUCGACUUCACAUGUCGCAAUUGCCAGCACGAAUGUCGUCGAGUAGAGCCGAUGUAUCGCGAGCUCGUUGCGAUGCAUGUCAAGCAACAGCGCGAAAACGCUCUCGCCAUCAAGGCGAUCAAGGACGAACUGGCCGAGUUGAAGAACAGCCUUUCUUCUCGUCAGACUAAGGCUUCGUCCACACUCAAAGGUCUCAAGGACACCAUUGCCGAGGUUGCAUCCGAAGUGGCGUGCCUCAAGCAGAUCAAGAGCAAGACGGAAAGCGACGAGCGAUUGAAGAAACUGGAAAAGGGUAUGGAACAGCUCAAGAAGGACCUGCAAAGCCUGGAUCAGGAGGUGGCAACCGUGUACGCGGAGCAGCAGGACGGUGCCAAAUGGUCCGGUGCCAUCGCAUCGGCUGAGGUCCAGGAGAUCCAGGAGCAAGUCGAUGGUAUGAAGGACUUUCAGGACAGGCUCAAGGACGCUUUCAUCGAUCUCACCGGUCCCGAACAGAAGCAGGUCAGGAAGGACGAGGAACAGCGCGAGAAGGAUGCAAAGGAGCUCAGGAACGGCGUGGCGGAGAUUCAGGGCUUUAUGAAGCAGAUGCAGAUGGCAUUUUCCAUGCUGCCCGUUGUCACGCCACCCGCGACUCCACAGCAGACGCCAACGACGACGCCACAGACUGUUACCGGUGAAGGGCCAAAGAAGGCUUGA